AUGCUCUGGGCGCUCUGGCCAAGGUGGCUGGCAGGCAAGGGGCUGCCCCUCCUGGGGGCAGUGCUGCUGCGGAAGAGAGACAAGAGGGGACCUCAGUGGAGGCAAUGGAGGCGGGAAACCCACCCCUACUAUGACCUCCAGGUGAAGGUGCUGAGGGCCAGAAAUAUCCAGGGCACAGAUCUCUUGUCCAAAGCUGACUGCUACGUGGAACUGCGCCUGCCCACUGCGUCCCCUAGCCCUGCCCAGACAAGGAUGGUGGCUAACUGCAGUGACCCUGAGUGGAACGAGACCUUCCACUACCAGAUCCAUGGUGCUGUGAAGAAUGUCCUGGAGCUCACCCUCUGUGAUAAGGACAUCCUGGGCAGUGACCAGCUCUCCCUGCUACUCUUUGACCUGAGGAGCCUCAAGCCUGGCCAACCCUACAGACACAUCUUCCCACUCAACCACCAGGAUUCACAGGAGCUGCAGGUGGAAUUUGUUCUGGAGAACAGCCAGGUGCCUGCGUCUGAAGUCAUCACCAAUGGAGUCCUGGUGGCUCAGCCCUGUCUGAGAAUCCAGGGGACCCUCAGGGAAGACGGGACAGCCCCACAUCGAGAGUAUGGCUCUAGGCAGAUUCAGCUGACAGUGCCCGGGGCCUACGAGAAGCCACAGUUCUUGCCCCUGCAACCUCCCAUGGAGGGAGGCCUCCCAGCUACCUUCACCUUUCACGUGAACCCAGUGAUCAGCUCCAGGCUGGAUGUGGAGCUGGGGGAGAGGCUCACAGUCCUGCAAAGUGGUCCAAGUGCUGAGCUGGAGGCCCACACCAACAAGCUGGGUGAGGGGGGUAUCCUGCUCUCCUCUCUGGCCCUAGGCCAAGAGGAACAGCGCUUUGUGGCCCUAGGGGAGGGCCAGGAGGUGGUUCUGAGUAUGAAGGCAGAAAUGAGCUCUGGAGACCUUGACCUGCGUCUUGGUUUUGGCCUGUGUGAUGGGGAACGGGAGUUUCUGGACAAGAGGAAGCAGAUCGUGUCCAAGGCCCUGCAGCAGGUUCUGGGUUUGAGCCAGGCGCCUGACAGUGGCCAGGUGCCUGUGGUGGCUGUGCUAGGUUCGGGAGGUGGAACCCGAGCCAUGUCUUCCCUGUACGGAAGCCUGGCAGGGCUGCAGGAACUUGGCCUCCUGGACACUGUGACCUACCUGAGUGGGGUCUCUGGGUCUACCUGGUGCAUCUCCACACUCUACAAGGACCCAGACUGGUCCCAGGUGGCCUUGCAGGGCCCCAUUGAGCGUGCCCAGGCUCGGGUCUGCAGCAGUAAGAUGGGGGCGAUGUCCACGGAGCGCCUACAAUACUAUGCCCAGGAACUGGGGAGCCUGGAAAGCACUGGCCACAGAGUUUCCCUCAUCGACAUCUGGGGUCUCCUCAUUGAAUAUUUCCUCUACCAGGAGAAAAACCCUGCCAAGCUGUCUGACCAGCAGGAGGCCGUCAACCAGGGCCAGAAUCCUUAUCCUAUCUACGCCAGCAUCAAUGUCCACACCAACAUCAGUGGGGAAGACUUUGCAGAAUGGUGCGAGUUCACACCCUAUGAGGUCGGCUUCCCCAAGUACGGGGCUUAUGUUCCCACUGAGCUCUUUGGCUCUGAGUUCUUCAUGGGGCAUCUGCUGCAGCCCCAGCCCGAGCCCCGGAUCUGCUACCUGCAGGGUGUGUGGGGCAGCGCCUUUGCAGCCAGCCUGGAUGAGAUCUUCCUGAAGACUGCCGGCUCGGGCCUCAGCUUCCUAGACUGCCACAGAGGGAGUGUAAACAUCACAGAUGACUGCCAGAAGCUCCAGCUGCACGAUCCCACACGUCUGAGGACCAGGCUCUUCACCCGCCAGGGGCCCUUCUCCCAGGCCGUGCUGGACAUCUUUACUUCCCGCUUUACCUUCGCGGAGAACUGUAAUUUCACCAGGGGCCUCUGCCUGCACAAAGACUAUGUGGCUGGCCAGGAGUUCAUGGCCUGGAAAGAUACGCACCCUGACGCCUUCCCCAACCAGCUCACUCCCAUGCGGGACUGCCUGUGCCUGGUGGAUGGGGGCUUUGCCAUCAACUCUCCGUUCCCACUCAGCCUGCUGCCCCAGAGAGCGGUGGACCUCAUUCUGUCCUUUGACUACUCCCUGGAGGCCCCUUUCGAGGUCUUACAGAUGACAGAGAAGUACUGCCUGGACCGAGGCAUCCCCUUCCCAAGUAUCGAGGUGCUCCCCGAGGACUUGGAGGAACCCCGUGAGUGCUACCUGUUCGCCAAGGCCAAGGACCCCCGCUCUCCCAUCGUGCUGCACUUUCCCCUCGUCAACCGUACCUUCUGCACACACCUGGCCCCAGGUGUGGAGCGACAAACAGCCGAGGAGAAGGCCUACGGGGACUUUGUGGUCAAUGGGGCAGACACUCCAUAUGGCAUGAUGAACUUCACCUAUGAGCCUGAGGAGUUUGAGCGGCUGGUGGCUCUGAGUCGAUACAAUGUUCUGAACAAUGUGGAGACCUUGCGGCAUGCGCUCCAGCUCGCUCUGGAGCGAAGGCAGGCUGGGGGCAGGGCUGGAGGCUGAGUCAGGCUGGAGUCAGAGGGCUGUGAGAGGGGAGCAACUGUGGGCCCCAGACCAGGGCUUGGUAUGGGGAGGAGUGGUAGACUCUGUGGGGUUUCUUCAUACCAGGUUACAGGGACUGGCUCUAGGUCCUUCAGGCCUCAGAAAGCUCCUGAGGAACGGCAGCUUGGCUUUGGGGCUGCACCCUUCUCAUAUGUGUUUCUGGGAGACAAAGCGGGGGGAUGUCUCCCCCAGGGGCUUUGGGGAGGAGGAGGGCACAAGUGAGCAGUGCUAAUUUUACACUGGAGUAUAGAGGGAUGAGGCCACAAUCUAGCCCCAGGGCAUGGUCCAAACCCAGAAGGACCUUAGGGGGCCCAGGUCUUCAGACCCUCACCAAGACUGGAAGCUGUGAAAGCAGGUUAAGCUGAGACCAAAAGCAGAGACUCCUCCGUCUAAUCCACACUUCCUGCAAAUGGCCGGGCUCCUGGAUGCAGUGCUC